UGUUUGACCACCAGUAAAAUACUUCGUGCGUCGAUAGCCACGGCGGGAGCAGAGCGCUGAGCCUGAGCACCACCAGUCGCCAGUCGCCGCUCCCCGCCGGCAAGUCCAGCUCCUGAUCAAGACCUUGCUCCUGAUCGCGCCAUGGACGCCGGUUCCUCAUCCUCGCCGCUGCACAUCGUGGUCGUCCCGUGGCUCGCGUUCGGCCACCUGCUCCCGUACCUGGAGCUCUCCGAGCGGCUCGCCGAGCGCGGCCACCGGGUGUCCUACGUCUCCACGCCGCGCAACCUCGCCCGCCUCCCGACGCUGCGCUCCGCCGCGGCGCCGCGCGUGGACCUCGUCGCGCUCCCGCUCCCGCGCGUCGACGGCCUCCCCGACGGUGCCGAAUCCACCAACGAUGUGCCCGACGACAAGCGGGAGCUCCACUUCAAGGCCUUCGACGGCCUCGCCGCGCCCUUCGCGGCGUUCAUGGCCGCCGCGUGCGCCGACGAGGCCACAAGGCCUCACUGGGUCAUCGCCGACUGCUUCCACCACUGGGUCGCCGCCGCCGCCUUCGAGCACAAGGUCCCAUGCGCGUUACUUCUCCCGACCGCGGCUUUGAUCGCUACCGCGCACCGCGACCAGCCGGCGGAAGCGCGGGUUGUGACCCACACCCGCCCUCGUUACGAGGAGGAGGAGGUGGCACCAAUUUACGACGACCAUGGCGCGUCGGGCAUGUCCAUCGUCCAGCGCUUCUAUUUGACGAAAGAGAAGUGUGCGCUGGCGGCCAUCCGGAGCUGCGUCGAGUGGGAGCCCGAGUCCUUCCCGCUGGUGCCGACGGUCAUCGGCCUGCCGGUCGUGCCCCUCGGCCUUCUACCGCCGUCACCGGACGGAGGCCGCCGUGCCGACGGCAUCAACGGAUCAGCAGAGCAUGCCACCGUGCGCUGGCUGGACGCGCAGCCUGCAGGUUCGGUUGUGUACGUAGCGCUGGGGAGUGAAGUGCCGCUGCGUGUGGAGCAGGUGCACGAGCUUGCCCUCGGGCUGGAGCUCGCCGGGACACGCUUCCUCUGGGCUCUUAGGAAGCCCAGCGGCGCAGCAGUCCACGACGACGACGCCGACAUGCUUCCUCCCGGCUUCCAAGAGCGCACUGGCGGCCAGGGGCUGGUGACCACGGGGUGGGUUCCUCAGAUGAGCAUCCUGGCGCACGCCGCCGUGGGCGGGUUCCUGACGCACUGCGGCCGGAACUCACUGAUCGAGGGCCUCCUGUUCGGGCAUCCGCUCGUCAUGCUGCCCAUCUUCGGGGACCAAGGGCCGAACGCGCGGCAGAUGGAGGUGAAGAAGGUGGGGUUGCAGGUGGCGAGGAACGAGGACGACGGAUCGUUCGACCGCCAUGGCGUCGCGAGCGCGAUCCGGGCUGUGAUGGUUGACGGAGAUGCCCGGAGGAGCUUCGUGGCAGGUGCAGCGAAAAUGCAGGAGGUCGUAGCUAAUACGGAGCGGCAGGAGAGGUACGUUGACGAGUUUGUUCAUCGCCUUAGAUCUUACACCGCCGAAGGCCAUUUCAGUACAGCGCCUACCUCACUUUGAGCGAAUGACAGGUGGGUCAGCAAGUUUGCCGCCCCGCAUGUCAAUGGCCGUAAAUCAGCUAAGAUAAAGUCGGCGAAUCUCAGCCCCCUCGUUACCUGAGACUUCAUGAGUAUUGAAUAAUGAAGGGAAUGGAUUGUGUAUUGUACUAAAUAUAUUUUUCAAGAUUUUGUGAUAAUAUUACGAAGUAUAAACAUCACUAGGAUCCAUGAUGUCCCUUUGGCGGCGACUAUGUGUAAGGUGACUUGAAUU